CGCAAAUCGAGGUCAUUCCUUGUAAAAUAUGCGGCGACAAGUCGUCGGGAAUCCACUACGGCGUGAUCACCUGCGAAGGGUGCAAAGUGAGUUUUGCGUGCGAGAGAGAGAAAGAGGGAUUUCGAGGAGGAAGAUGGCAGCUGCCAAAUCAGGCCGUCCCCCGCACGAAAUUUGCACCCCUCAAAGUGUUUGCUUAUUUAUAGCAACAUUUUUCUCUCUGUUCUUAACAACAACAAAAUCAGCAACAACCCAGAGCAGGCUUUCACGAUAUUUAAAUUAAAUUUGCGAUGCAAAAGGCACGGCACAAAAGGAAAAAGCUGGGAGGAGGGAAGAGGAAAAGAAGCGUGCAAUAAUUUUUUUUAAAAGUCCUUGCAAAAGUUUGCCAUCGCCUGAGCACAUGUUGCUCCCGAAUUACACAUGCAGUCGCCGUUGAAAUUAUUCAACGCCCAUUGCGAAUCAAGUCGACUUUCCAAAUGUACAGACUUUUCAGCUGGUUGCAAGGAGCAAAUUUAACAAAAGCCGCGGAAAUUGCUUGACGCAACAGAAACUUUGAGCAAUUCUCCCAAAUCCGGCUGAAAACGCAGCUUGGGUUGGCUCCUCGCAAACAGGCUGUAAAUUUGGAUAAUCACCCUGAUUUGCAAUGGGGAGUCGAAUAAUUUCGACUGCAGCUGUACAUGCAAGUUGUUUCCCCCGAGACGUCGUGGAUUCCGUUAUUUUCAAUCUAUGCAUCCUUUUUACUAAUACAGCGGUGCCUUGGUUCUCAAACUUAAUCCGUUCUGGAAAUUCCGUUCCAAAACCAAAGCGUUCCGAAACCGAGGCGCGCUUUCCCAUAGAAAGCAAUGCAAAACGGAUUAAUCCGUUCCAGACGUUUAAAAACAACCCCUAAAACAGCCAUUGAACAUGAACUUUACUCUCUAACCAGACCAUUGAUCCAUAAAAUAAAAGCGAUAAUCAAUGUAGUGUACUAUAAAAUAAAUAAGGCAGUACUGUAGAUGAUAAAAAAAAAAAAAAUUCUUACCUGCACUGAUGAUAGUCAUUGUUUGGAUGGUGGGUUUUAUUCCAUUUCCACUGUCACACGAUCAAUCAAUAAUCAAUCAAUCCAUCAGUAGCUGAACUGGGUUCCGCACAGUCACAAAAACAAAUGAACCGAAAAAGCCUCAAAAACAAAAGCGCCAAAUAAAGAGCGAAAACAAAAGCACCAAACUUAAUCCGUUCUGGAAGUCGGUUGGACUUCUGAAAUGUUCGGAAACCGAGGCGCAACUUCUGAUUGGCACAGGUGCCCCGGAAACAAUAGCCUACAGCUGCAUUGGACGUUCGGCUUCCGAAAAACGUUCGAAAACCGGAACACUUCUGGUUUUUUGGCGUUUGGGAACUAAGUCGUUUGAGAACCAAGGUGCCACUGUACAUGCAAGUUAUUUCCCCCGAGAUGUUGUGCAUUCCUUUAUUUUCAAUCUAUGCAUGCUUUUUACUAAUACAGUGGUACCUCGGGUUAAGAACUUAAUUCGUUCCGGAGGUCCGUUCUUAACCUGAAACUGUUCUUAACCUGAAGCACCACUUUAGCUAAUGGGGCCUCCUGCUGCCACCGCACCGCCAGAGCACGAUUUCUGUUCUCAUCCUGAAGCAAAGUUCUUCACCUGAAGCACUAUUUCUGGGUUAGUGGAGUCUGUAACCUGAAGCGUAUGUAACCCGAGGUACCACUGUACGUCUUUCAGGCGUUGUACCUGUUUGGGUUGGAGAACAUGCGUCGGGAAAACCCAGAGAGGUGCAGAUUUCAAAGGCUAGUUUGGUGUGGUUUUUCGGAGUUUUGGAUGGUGGAAGUCCUCCUCUUAAAUGCAAAGAGAAUUUGGAUGUUCUGCUCCUCGUUUCCCCUAAUCUCUGCAGCUUCCUCCAUAUCGGCCGGUUUUCCUCAUUUCCACCCUCGUUUUCUCUCCCAAAGGGGUUUUUCCGCAGGAGCCAACAGAAUAAUGCCACGUAUUCCUGCUCGCGGCAGAGGAACUGCCUCAUCGACCGGACGAACCGGAACCGGUGCCAACAUUGCCGGCUGCAGAAAUGUUUGGCCCUGGGCAUGUCUCGCGAUGGUGAGUCGCCAACCCAAGAAACGGGGGGGGGGGGGGAGAAAGGGAAAGAAAAGGGGGAAAUAAAGAAAAAUCGAAAAUGUUAAAGGACAUAGAGAGCUCUCUGACCUCUCCUUCUUCUUCUCCUCCUCCUCCUUCUUAUGACCUCUCCUUCUUCUCCUUCUUCUUCUCCUGACCUCCUCUUCUGACUUCUUCUUCUUCUUCUUCUUCUUCUUCUUCUUCUUCUUCUUCUCCUUCUCCUUCUCCUUCUCCUUCUUCACCUUCACCUUCACCUUCUUCUCCUUUUCUUUCUUCUUCUUCUUCUCCUUCUUCUUCGUCUUCCUCCUCCUCCUCCUCCUCUUCUUCUUCUUCUUCCCUCUUCUUCUGACCUCUACUUCUUCUUCUUCUGACCUGUCCUCCUCCUCCUUCUGACCUCUACUUCUUCUUCUUCUGACCUGUCCUUCUUCUUCUUCUUCUGACCUCUACUUCUGACCUCUACUUCUUCUUCUCCUUCACCUUCUUCUAUUUCUCCUUCUCCUCCUCCUUCUCUCUCUCUUCCCCCCACCCGUUGGUCUCGCAGCGGUCAAGUUUGGCCGCAUGUCCAAGAAGCAGCGGGACUCCCUCUACGCUGAGGUCCAGAAACACCAGCAGAACCAAGAGCAGGGCGGCGGCUCCAAGGACGAGACGGAGACGAUGUCCAGGGUUUACACCACGAGCGUCAGCAGCGGGCUGUCUGACCUGGACGACAUCUCCAUGCUUUCGGACGGCUUCCUCUUCGACUUCCCGCUGACCCCAGAGGGCAGCGGCGGCUACUACAACCUUGACCUCCUGACCUCCGCCCAGCCGUCUCCGGACCAGUCCAGCAUCGACGUCAGCGACGCCAAGCUCAUCAAGCAAGAGUCCAUCUACGAGCUGAUGUUGGAGCCCGGACUUUUCCCGCACGGCUCAAUCGAGGGCGGACAUUUGGCCUCAGACGUCUCCAGGAUAGAGAUCGGUUAGUACGCAGGAUGGACUUUUAAGCAGAUUCGCCCCAUUCCCAACACACAGGUUACCUUUGCGCUCCGAGAUUUGCUUUGACCAUUUGACAUGCUUCUUCUUAUAUAUGGCUUAGCGGUAAAGGUAAAGGGACCCCUGACCAUUAGGUCCAGUUGUGGUGGACUCUGGGGUUGUGGCGCUCAUCUCGCUUUACUGGCCAAGGGAGCCGGCGUACAGCUUCCGGGUCAUGUGGCCAGCAGGACUAAGCCGCUUCUGGCGAACCAGAGCACAGAAACGCCGUUCACCUUCCCGCCGGAGCGGUACCUAUUUAUCUACUUGCACUUUGACGUGCUUUUGAACUGCUAGGUUGGCAGGAGCAAGGACCAAGCAACGGGAGCUCACCCCGUCAUUGCAGGGAUUCGAACUGCCGACCCUCUGAUCAGCAAGUCCUAGGCUCUGUGGUUUAACCCACAGCGCCACCCACGUCCCUUAUGGCUUAGCGGUGUUGUUGUUGUUGUUGAGUCGUUUAGUGGUGUCCGCCUCUUCGUGACCCCCUGGACCAGAGCACGAUAGGCCCUCCUGUCUUCCACUGCCUCCCGCAGUUUGGUCAAACUCAUGCUGGUAGCUUCGAGAACACUGUCCCACCAUCUCUCCCCCUGUCGUCCCAUUUUCCUUGGGCCCUCCAUCUUUCCCAACACCAGGGUCUUUUCCAGGGAGUCUUCUCUUCUCAUGAGGUGCCAAUGUUUUGGAGCCUCAGCUUCAGGAUCUGUCCUUCCAGUGAGCACUCAGGGCUGAUUUCCUUCCGAAUGGAGAGGUUUGAUCUUCUUACAGUCCAUGGGACUCUCAAGAGUCUCCUCCAGCACCAGAAUUCAAAAGCAUCCAUUCUUCAGCCAUCAGCCUUCUUGGCUUAGCGGUAUAUAUAGCCAAACCACCGACUCUGCAGCCGCCCAGUUUGAAAGAGAAAAUGACCUUGCUUCGUGGAAAGUUGUGAUGUUUUGCACGUGACUCGGAAGGUCGGUUUGGCAAAGUCGUAGGGGGAGAAAUCUUGACGGCUGUUGUGUGUGCAUUUCCUCCGCAGAACGGCUGGCUCAGAACGUGGUCAAAUCCCACCUGGAAACUUCUCAGUACACCAGCGAGGAGCUGAAAAGAGUGGCCUGGAUCCUCUACUCUCAGGAAGACAUCCGGAACAUGCAGAACAAGGUACGUCCCGGCCGCUCGCCUCUGGCGAAGGCGAGGAUGCUGAGAGGCGACUAAACGCCGCAACCAUGCCCUCCCUCCGUCGCCAGAAGUUCCUUUCAGCAUUAGACCACAAACCGUGUCAUUUUUUAUGAUAACAAACUUUCAAUUGCCAUCCAACAAUAGCCCAGAGAAAGCGUAACUAAAUUAGAAAUCUUGAUCUGCGUCCGUUUGGCGUAUUUUUGUCAAUUUGGAGCGGCAGUGCCUUUUUCCAAAUCCUUUUGGGGCGGAGAGGGCAGAAAACUUAUUUCGCUAUAUUGGUUCAUAAAACAUAUACACUGCUCGAUUGCAAAAGAGAGAGAGAGAGGAAGAACCUUCAAAGCGGUUUACAAACGGUAAAAUCAAUUAAAAAAGAACAACACGCAGCCACGCUUUGAAAAAGACAAAAGUUAAAGAACUAAAACUGAUUGAAAUCAUCUGUAGAGAUGAAUCUCUUUUCACGUUUAGAGGCUCCUUGCUGUCGGAUGCCCUAAAAUAAAUAAUAAUAAUACUUCUGUAAAUCAAGAAAGUCUUUAAUAAAAAUAAAAAAGUUGUUGUUGUUAUUAUUAUUAUUAUUAUUUAUACCCUGCCCAUCUGGCUGGGUUUCCCCAGCCACUCUGGGCGGCUUCGAAGAAAGGAUUAAAAAUACAUCAGUCAAUAAAAACUUCUCUAAACAGGGCUGCCUUCUAAACAUCAGAUAGUUGAAUAAUAAUAAUAAUUAGUGUAAUAAAGCGUAGCUUUUGUGUCGAUUUGGCACGACCAACGCACCCAGGAGGCAGGAGAAGGUGGAGAAAGCCACCUUCUCCAUCGUUUGUCCCCAGCAGAAGUAGACUGCUCUUGCACAAGGAGGCUCCAUUGUAAAUCUCAUGCGCUGGAGGCGCCGAAGAGACUUGUUGGGGCCUCAGGAAGCAAAGUUUGACCCUCUUCUUCCCCUGCCCUUCCCUUCCAUGUCCCGUGCAGAGCUGUGAAGCCAUGUGGCACGAGUGCACGGUACAAAUCUCCAACGCCAUCCAAUACGUCGUGGAAUUCGCCAAACGCGUCGACGGCUUCAUGGAUCUUUGUCAAAACGACCAGAUCAUCCUCCUCAAAGCAGGUGAGGGCCGGCAGCCGGACUGGCGAGUCUCAACAACGCACCCGCUUAUUGCAAAACAUAACAUAGCUUUGAGAAAUGUGGGAGGGGAUGGAAUAGGACGUCCCUAUUUUCAGGGGAGAAACGUUGGAGGGGAUGGAAUAGGACGUUCCUAUUUUCAGGCGAGAAACGUUGGAGGGGAUGGAAUAGGACGUUCCUAUUUUCAGGGGAGAAACGUUGGAGGGGAAGGAAUAGGACGUCCCUAUUUUCAGGGGAGAAACGUUGGAGGGGAUGGAAUAGGACGUUCCUAUUUUCAGGGGAGAAACGUUGGAGGGGAUGAAAUAGGACGUUCCUAUUUUCAGGCGAGAAACGUUGGAGGGGAUGGAAUAGGACGUCCCUAUUUUCACGGGAAAAAGAGGGUAUGUGUACAUAAGUAACUAUUUACCUUGAUGAAUUCCUGGGAGGAUAGUUGGGUUAUAAACAAAGACAAAAUGAAUCAGCAGGAAUUAAUUUUUUUAACGAUUUGAUCUUUAGAGUUUUAAUGUGGACCGCUUGGGGAGUUCUUUUUUGUAGCCUCUAAAUCAAUUAGAUAAAUGAACAUUCUUAGAGUCUAAACUUCUUUUUAUUCCUUCCUUCCUUCUUUCCUUCCACCCAUUUCUUUCUUCCCAAACAAAAUCUGCCUCGUUUUGAUUUCUUCCUCCUCUUCCUUCCCAUGGGGGUUCAAUUCCCGUGAUUCAUGGUCUGGAUUCCUUUCCGCCCGCCAACCUUUCCUCCUCCCUCCUCCUCGCCUCUUCCUCCGCUGCCGUUUCCUCUUUGCGUCAGGCUGCCUUGAGGUCCUCCUCAUCCGAAUGAUACGGGCCUUCAACCCGCUGAACAACACGGUGCUGUUUGCAGGGAAAUACGCCGGGGUGCAAAUGUUCAAAUCUCUAGGUAAGAAACAGGGGGAAGAAAUCUGCCUCCGUUUAUUUUUUAUAUAUAUAUAUAUAUAUAUAUACACACACACACACACACACACAUUUUUAUUGAUUUUUUAACAUAUCAGUUCCAACAGUUGUACAACAUACCCUCUCAUCUUAUACAAUAUUUUAGACUUCCGUCAACACCUCUGGUGAUUUUCUCUUCUUUAUUCUGCAUUUUUUAAUUUCUAUGUUGCAUUUAAUUGCCCUUCACUAAUCAUUCUUUUCAUAGUCUUUCUUGUAAUAUUUCAGAUAAUUCACCUCACAAAACUUCUUGCAGACCUACUAGCGCCAUCUGCCCAUCACAAUUACUUUCCAAAUAGUUCAUAUAUUUACUCUGGUCCUCUAAAAAUCUCUGAUCCCGCAGGUUUCGAAUCCUUCCUGUUAAUUUAUCUAAUUCUGCAUAGUCCAUAAAUCUGCCUCCUUUUUAUAUGUAUAUAUAUACAUUUUAAUUGAUUUUUUAACAUAUCAGUUCCAACAGUCAUACAACAUACCCUCUCUGAUCCCGCAGGUUUCGGACCCUUCCUGUUAAUUUAUCCAAUUUUGCAUAGUCCAUAAAUCUGCCUCCGUUUAGACAAGCCCAUCGAGACAUGUAGACGGCGACUCCUGAUUUUCCCGGUGACCAAACCCCUCUGCUUUUUCUCUCGCCGCAGGUUGCGACGACCUCAUCAACGCCAUCUUUGAGCUGGGGAGAAAUCUUUGCCGGCUCCAACUCUCCGACGAGGAGACAGCGCUCUUCUCGGCCGCCGUCCUUCUCUCUCCAGGUGAGCAACUCGCCCGCGGCGAACAGAGGGCGAGAAGGGACGGAUUUGGGCGAUUUGGACCGAUCGCUUUGACCCAGCAGUGUUAGCCCUUGGCCGUCAGCCGGCAGACGGCCACCUAAUAUUAUUGCAGUCGUACCUCGGAAUCCGUUUUGGAAGUCCGCCCGACUUCCAAAAAAGUUCAGAAACCAAGGCGCGGCUUCCAAUUGGCCGCAGGAAGCUCCAAUCGGAAGCCGCGUUGGACGUCGGGUUCCAAAGGACGUCCGCAAACCGGAAGACUCGCUUCCGGGUUUGCGGCGUCCGGGAGUUAAAAUGUUUCGACUCGCAAGGUGUUCGGCUUCCAAGGUACGGCCAUAUUACUAUUAUUAUUAUUAUUAUUAUUAUUAUUAUUAUUAUUAUUUCAAUGCCUGCGGAAAACUUGUCUAUUGAGAGUUCAUCACAAGGGCGUGGGUGCUUGUGGUUAACCUUUUGGAAACGCUUCCGUUGCAUGGUUUCUACCUACUGAACGUUGCAGAUUUUAGGAUUAUGGGGAUGCAGAUGUUUUUAAGGUUUGGCGCGGAAGGUGGCCCUUUUGCCUGAUCUUGCAGAGUGCGUGCUCUGGUUAUCUCCUGCUUGGACUACCGCCAUGCGCUCUAUGUGGGGCUCCCUUUGAAGGUGACCCGGAAACUGCAACUAAUCCAGAAUGCGGCAGCUAGACUGGGGACUGGGAGUAGAGACCGUAUAACACCGGUCCUGAAAGACCUGCAUUGGCUCCCAGGAUGUUUCCAAGCACAAUUCAAAGGGUUGGUGAUGACCUGUAAAGCCCUAAACAGCCCAGUAGACCUGAAGGAGCGUCUCCACCCCCAUCGUCCAGCCCGGACACCGGGGUCCGUCUCCCAGGGGCCUUCUGGCAGUUCCCUCCCUGAAAGAACUGAGGCUACAGGGAACCAGGCAGAGGGCCUUCUCGGUGGUGGCGCCCUCCCGCCAGAUGUCAAGGAAAUGGACAACUUUCUGACUUUCAGAAGACAUCUGAAGGCAGCCCUGUUUAGGGAUGCUUUUAAUGUUUGACGUUUUAUCGUGUUUUUAAUAUUCUGUUGGGAGCCACCCAGAGUGGCUGGGGAAACCCAGCCAGAUGGGCGGGAUAUAAAUAAACAAUUAUUAUUAUUAUUAUUGAAUGGUAGAGUUGAGAGAGACCCCAGACAGAUGACCUUCAUAGCCGUCAACUUUUCCCUUUUCUUGCGAGGAAUCCUAUUUGGAAUAAGGGUAAAGGUAAAGGGACCCCUGACCGUUAGGUCCAGUUGUGGCCGACUCUGGGGUUGCGGCGCUCAUCUUGCUUUACUGGCCGAGGGAGCCGGCGUACAGCUUCCGGGUCAUGUGGCCAGCAGGACUAAGCCGCUUCUGGCGAACCAGAGCAGCGCACGGAAACGCCGUUUACCUUCCCGCCGGAGUGGUACCUAUUUAUCUACUUGCACUUUGACGUGCUUUCGAACUGCUAGGUUGGCAGGAGCAGGGACUGAGCAAUGGGAGCUCACCCCGUCAUUGCGGGGAUUCGAAGCGCCGACCUUCCAAUCGGCAAGUCCUAGGCUCAGUGGUUUAACCCACAGCGCCACCCGCGUCCCUUCGGAAUAAGGGAAUUUCCCUUAAAAAGGGGGGGCGGGAUAUUGACAGCUAUGAUGUUCCUCCAGCCUCUGCUUAAAAACCUCCAUCCCACGGGCGAACGGCUCUUAGAAGUUCUUCCUUUCAAGCCCAGUUUUCUUGGCCAAGUUUUGCGGCGACCCAAGCAAUCUGACGUUUUGUUCCCCAGACCGCCCCUGGCUUUCGGAGUCCAAGAAGGUACAGAAGCUGCAGGAUAAAAUCUACUUGGCUUUGCAGCACGAAAUCCAGAAGAAGAAUGGCAACGAAGACAGACUCUCAAAGGUAAAUUUGGGGAGGGGAGAAAGUGAAAAACUGCCCCAAUAUUCCAACAGAGACAAGGCAAACUAGAUUCAUUAGCAAAAGUUAUUUUCCGAUUUUUUUUAUUAGGUUUCACAAAAUUAUGCACAAACAAAACACACCUACAAACAAACAAAAACAUAACCUUAUUAAAAUUACACUUAUUAACAUUGUUAAGUGACUUUCUCGCUUCCCCUUGGUAGAAUUUCCAUGCAUAUCCUUAUAACGGCUUUCUAAAUCUUAAUUCUUAUAAACUUAACUUAGUCCAUUAACAUCCUUAUAUUUUUUCAAUUUGAAUUCAUCAGCAAAAGUUAAGGCUUUAUCUUGCAAGCUACCUUGAAAUCUUUUGAUGAAGGGCAGUAUAUUAUUAUUAUUAUUAUUAUUAUUAUUAUUAUUAUUAUUAGGGUUGCCAUGUUCUGAAAAGCAAAAAAUCCGAUACUUAUAUUCAUAUAUUCAUAAAUAUGGUUCCGGAACUGGAAUAUUAAUAGAUAACGUGUAAAACGUUCAGGGGUAAGCAAGGAAAUAAUAAAAGAAUCAGCUGAACAAUGGUUAAAUUGUUCACAACAAGACGGAAGAAGUAAAAAUAGAAUAAAAUGGGGAGUAUAGGGGAAUUUGAAAUAUUAUUUAUAAUAUAAAAACUUUAAUAUAAAUUUUUCUAACUGUGUUGUAUUUGUAUACAGCAAAGAGAAGUUUAGAGUAACUAGGUGAAUUUCAAUUUAGUUCAUUAUGUAACAGGUUUAAGUUAGAAAAUGAAUAUGGAUGUUGAAUUUGACGUUUGUAGUUUUUCUUUUGUCAGUUUUGGAAAUAAAAAAUCGAUUCUAUGAUCCCUUCCUUCCCCCCCCCCCCAAUCACAGAUUAUCUCCAAACUCCCGUUGAUGAAGACCAUUUGCAACUUGCACUUGGACAAGCUGGAGUUUUUCCGCCUCGUCCACCCAGAGAUCGCCACGAACUUUCCUCCCCUCUACAAAGAAGUCUUCAACUCUGAGCUGCACUACAGCGACGGCCGAGACAGCUAA